CUUAGCCAUCGAGAACUCAGCACAUCCAUCGGUUUUCGCUUCGGAUCCAGCUCCGGAGUGGUUAUCACGGCUUGGGUUCCAUCUUAUGCGAUUUUUCCGCGACCCAGGAGUCCAGAUUGUUCUCCGCUGAGGUGGGCUCGUCAGCUGAGGGUAACCCCCUCGCCCGCCCAGCAGCAGGCGGGUUUGGCGCGGCCAUGUCGCUCAACCAGCACUGCGCCUGGCUUCCUCCAGGUCAUCUCCGCCCCCCGGAUAAUCAACACAAUGCCAUUUCCUCCGCCAAUGGUCUGUCAAACGGCCCCUCCCGGCCCCGCACCCCCCAAAUACCUUCGCGCGCAAAUGCGGAGAGCUCUCAGAGCGGAAACUUGAUACUGGACAGCGAUGGAACACCGGAGGAAGACCCUCGUGUUAUCGCCUUUCGAGAAAGCUACAAGCGCACGGAGGCGAAGAUAAAUUUGCUCUUUAGCAACAAGAGGGUUCUUGAUGUCUCCGCUUCAGUUACCGAACCGAACGGAGCUCCCGCAGAGGAUCAUGCGCCCGCCGAUUCCCAAACAGAGGCCGCUCUGGUGCCUUCGCGACGUCCGGCCCGGAAACUAGAUGAAGAUGAUUACGAUGAGUAUGACGACGAGGAAGACAAUGAACCCGAAUCGCAAGCUCCUCCAUCACCUAAAUCCAAAUCUACACCCCCCGUCCCCGAAAUAAAAGCCUCGCCAUCUUCUCCGCCAAAACCUUCUCGAACUCCAAGUUUAGAAAAUCAAAAAGAACAGAAAAAGGAUUUGUUAGAGGAUAUCCGGAAAAAAUUAGAGCAGGAUAAAAAGGAAACUGAAGAGUCGGCAAAAAGGAGCUUCCGCACAAUGUUCUACACUUUGGAAAAUGACCGCGAUGCGAUGUUAGAUCAACAGAGGUUGGAAGAGUCUGAGAGGCAAGUUGAGGCUGAGAUGCGAGGUCAGAGUGGGAAUGACAAUAAUCCCACCAACGGUCAACCAGGAUACGGUUCACUAAGCAGCGCCAACCUCGGGGCUUCAAGCUUGACGCUGAAGAACCUUAUCGCCCGGAUCGAUAUGAAGCGCAGUGAAGUUCAAGCUUCAGAUGCUGAACUGCGCAGUUUAAUGAGCGAGGUCAGAAAGAACCGUAGCAAAUGGGCGAGCGAAGACAAAAUCGGUCAGGAGGAGCUCUAUGAGGCCGCAGAAAAGGUACUGAGCGAGCUCAAGGCCAUGACCGAACACUCCAGCGCUUUCUUGACCAGAGUUAACAAGAGAGAUGCGCCGGAUUACUAUACCAUCAUCAAGCGGCCUAUGGAUCUUGGAACAAUGACAAAGAAGCUCAAAGCUCUUCAAUACAAAUCAAAACAGGAAUUCGUGGAUGAUCUCAACCUGAUUUGGUCCAACUGUUUGAAGUAUAACACUAACCCUGAUCAUUUUCUCCGAAAACACGCCUUGUACAUGAGGAAAGAGACAGAAAAGCUUGUUCCCUUAAUCCCGGACAUCGUAAUUAGAGAUCGCGCAGAGGUUGAAGCUGAAGAACGUAGACUGCAACUUGCUGAGCUUGAUGGCGCUGAAGAGAGUGAUGACGAGCCAAUCAUGUCGUCCAGAGGGCGGAAAGCAACCGCGACAAAGGGUAAAAAGGGUGCAGCGACAGGACGCAAAGCUCCCGCAAAGGGUCUUCAGGCAGCUUCUUCCGAUACUAAGAAUCCGGUGUCUGAUGCUACCAGCACAACCCAAGAUUCAACGAUCGAAGGGAUUCCGGGAACUCUGUCAACACCACCCCCCGGAACCCUGACGCCCGUUACUUCAAAUGGUCAGGGUGCUGCUGCCACUGGGAGUCAAAUGGAUACUAUGGAUAUCGAUAAUUUUGGGCUUGCUGUCCCAGCGUACAACAGUGCACUGUCUGGCUUGGGUGUCGAGUUCGAAGACCCUGAGUAUAAGAUCUGGAAGCAGGCCACCAAGAGAGAUCGCGCCGUCGUGGCUGCUGAGAGACAUCGGCUCUUUAAAGGGGACAAGCUGAACCCUGAUGAGCCGGCUCUCCUGCGAACCAAAGCUGGUAUGAGGCGGUGGCUCAGAGGCCAAAGGGAGGCAUCGAAUGAAGUUGACAAGCACGUUGAUGCCAGGCCUGAAAUAAAAGCACCUGAGACGACUGGAGAGACCUUGGCCGAAGGCAUUGAGCAGGAGGAAGAUCGAAUGCUUCCAGAUUAUUAUGACUUGAUGUCCGCGCUGCCAGACCUCCCGGAGCAUUUGCAUUGGAACGAGGACCCCGAAGGAAAUGUCAUCGAAACCUCAGAGGAAUUUUUAAGGAUCCUCCCCAAAGGACUGUUCACUGCACCGCGUAGCAAAUUUUCGAAGAAAAUGGACUCAAAUAUGAGGCAGAUGCAGGAAACGAGAAAGAUCUGCUCGAAAGUAAGCAUCGUGAAGCAGAUGCAACAGCAAUCGCAGAUGUAUCAAAACCAGUUCCAGAAGUAUCAACCCGAGCCGCUCGUAGAGCAAGACGUCCAUCCACAUGUAAUGAAUGAUGAAGGGCCAGUUAUAAGUCCCUGGGUUUGCAGAGCUGCCCUUCAGCGAUCCGUUGCAAAAGUUCUUUAUCAUACCGGCUUCGAAGAAUACCAGCCAUCAGCGUUGGACGCUGUCACCGAUAUCGCUGCCGAUUUCUUCUUCAAAAUCGGAGCCACCCUUAAAUCGUACAUGGAAUCGCCGAAAGUUGCCAGUUCAGAGCAAGCUUCUACCUCAUCAAAUCAACACCAAUGGAAGCGUCCUUACACCCAAGAACAAAUGAUCCUUCACACGCUUCAGUCGGUUGGGACAGAUGUGGAAACCCUGGAAUCUUAUGUUAAGGACGAUGUUGAUCGCCAUGGAGCCAAGCUUGGUGUGAUCCAUGAGCGUUUAAAGGCUCAUCUCGCAGAGUUGCUGAGACCAGCUUUCAAUGAUACUGCUGGUGAUGGCUCGAGUGCUUUCAACGAUGGAAGUGAACAGUUUAUUGGUGGUGAUUUUGCUGAAGACAUCGACGAAGAUUUCUUUGGGUUCAAGGAACUUGGACUCGAUAAAGAAUUUGGUCUUUCGAGCCUGAGCGUCCCUCUGCAUCUUCUCCAGAACCGGAUGUAUCAUGCACACCAAGCUCAAAAUCUAAACUCGUCGCAAGCGGUAUCUGCAUUAUUCCCGACUCCUCAACCCUAUCCACGAAUAUCACUGCAAACACUCCCACAACACAUUGGCCUAGUUCAAAAUUUCUUCUUGGCAAAAUUGCACGCCAACAACGACGAGCCACUGGUAGAAGAUCUAGAACUGCCGCCAAAACAACGUCCUAACGCAGCACGGCCCCGCGUGCCAGCGUCUGGCAAGAUCCCGCCUCUAACAGGCCAGGCAGUGACUACCAGCCCUCAGAAGCGACCCGCACCACCCUCGUCGGGUAUUACUGCUAUCAAGUCCGGACUUUCUGAACCGAGCAAGAAGAAAGUGAAGAAGAAUCCCAGUACGCUCGGUGCUACCAGUGCAGAUGGUACAGACAAUUCACACCUCGCCGGUUCUCAUAGCCCCAUCAAAGUUGAACCUGCGUCGAAAUUGAACGGAAUAAAAGAAAACGGGAACCCCACUGACCAAAAAGGUGAUGUCAAUGGUGUAGAUGGUGCCGAGAAUCCUACAGGGGCGUCCCAGACUACUCUAUCAAACGGCGAUAGCAUGGAUGUUGACAAUAGCAAUGCUGUAAAUGGGGCUGCAGCGACAGCUUCUGUAACAGGAGGAUCUGCUCCCAACGCUACCGCUGUUAACGGUCACGUUUAGCGCAAGAACUUGACAACCCAGUUUUGGAAAAUUCACGAAUGUUAUGUGGAGGACUCCUCAGAUCACUAUAAUCUUCGCUUGUACCUUUUUGACCAUUCUGCUCAUUUGAACAUUGAACCUCUUUCUCACGGAGUUUAUAGGAUGUGUACACUUCCAAUUUUUGACUUGGAGUAACAUUUCGCAUUGGGGACCAUAUCUCCUUGCUUUCCCCUUCCCAACCCCAUAUACCCUCAUUGACAAAGCUCUAACCGCAUCUUUGAACCUUGUAUAUUCGUUUUCUACAAUAUGUGAUUAUAUUCCUCAAUGCCUUGACUCAUUUUAACGCAUCAGGGUGGUUUUGGUUUGGUUGGGUUUGGAUAUGUUUUCCCAACUACUAUCAGGCUUGGGUUUUGCAGGCGUCGUUGCUCGUUGUUUUUCUUUCUUGUCAGACAAAGUUGUUCUUUUUUUAUUACUUUCACUCUCAAAAUAUGGCUGUGUAUCCUUUUUUGGGUCCCAGGCAUGUUAUUUUCUUUUUGUGUGAUGGCUGGCACCUGAUUGGGCAUUGGCAGUUACUCUAUGCCUUCUUGAUCCUGUGUUGUUCACGUUGUUUUUUUGCCCUUUUUUAUUGCAUUUAAUAUCAAUAAAUAUAUGCAGAUGUCAUGAGU